CUCCGUCUCCCGCCGAGCCGAAGCUGGAGCAGCAAGUGGCCCAGGAGCCACCCCCGCGAAGGGCGCGCCCAGCACACUUAUUCUGCCCCGGAGCAGCUCGGGUGCCCAGCCCAACGCCGGCAACCGCUGCAGGAUGCUGCGUUCCACGUCCACCGUCACCCUGCUCUCAGGCGGCAGCUCCAGAGCGCCCGGGACGCCCAGCAGGAGGGCAAAUGUCUGCAGACUGCGGUUAACCGUGCCACCCGAAAGUCCAGUUUCAGAGCAAACUGAAAAGAAGAUUGAGAGAAGAGAGCAGCCUCCUGAAGUAAGCAAUGGAGAACCUACCAGAAAACUUCCUCAGGGUGUUGUUUAUGGUGUGGUGCGAAGAUCCGAUCCAAAUCAGCAGAAAGAAAUGGUGGUGUAUGGGUGGUCCACCAAUCAGCUGAAAGAAGAGAUGAACUACAUCAAAGAUGUGAGAGCCACUUUGGAAAAAGUAAGGAAGCGGAUGUAUGGAGACUAUGAUGAGAUGAAACAGAAGAUUCGCCAGCUCACCCAAGAGCUAUCAGUUUCCCAUGCUCAGCAGGACUAUCUAGAGAGUCACAUCCAGACCCAGUCGUCAGCCCUGGAUAGUUUUAAUGCUAUGAACUCGGCUUUGGCAUCGGACUCCAUUGGCCUGCAGGUGGAAUCUUCUCAAGAAGCCAAUGCUGAGGUGAUGAGAGAGAUGACCAAGAAGCUGUACAGCCAGUAUGAAGAGAGGCUGCACGAGGAGCAGCGGAAGCACAGCGCCGAGAAGGAGGCACUCCUGGAAGAAACCAACAGUUUUCUGAAAGCAAUUGAAGAAGCCAAUAAAAAAAUGCAGGCAGCAGAGAUCAGCCUGGAGGAGAAAGACCAGAGGAUUGGGGAGCUGGACAGACUCAUUGAACGCAUGGAGAAGGAACGGCAUCAACUGCAACUCCAACUCCUGGAGCAUGAAACAGAAAUGUCAGGGGAAAUCAGUGAUUCUGACAAGGAAAGGUAUCAACAGCUGGAGGAGGCAUCAGCCAGCCUGCGAGAACGGAUCAGACACCUAGAUGACAUGGUGCAUUGCCAGCAGAAGAAAGUCAAGCAGAUGGUCGAAGAGAUUGAAUCAUUAAAGAAAAAAGUGCAACAGAAACAGCUCUUGAUAUUGCAGCUUUUAGAAAAGAUUUCCUUCUUGGAAGGAGAGAAUAAUGAGCUACAAAGCAGGUUGGACUAUUUAACAGAAACCCAAUCCAAAACUGAAGUGGAAACCAGAGAGAUUGGAGUGGGAUGUGACCUUCUACCCAGCCAAACAGGCCGGACUCGCGAGAUUGUGAUACCUUCUAGAAACUACACCCCGUACACAAGAGUCCUGGAGUUGACCAUGAAGAAAACACUGACGUAGGCAUGUGGGUACAUGCACUUUCUACAGGUGGCAAAGCCCCUGAAACCUUGUGGCUUCAAGUCAGGAAAGGGUGACUGUUGCUUCCUCACACACACAGUGUAAACAGGAGUGGAAAAUUGCUGAGCCUCUGAUCUACUUCCAAGAGAGGAAGGAAAGUGAAGGCAGAGGGGACACAGAAGGAAGAGGUCUAUAAGGUCAUAUUUCAGACACCCAACCAAUGUUACCCUGCUGUACUGUAUCGUCAUUUGUUUCUCAUGUAGACACUGAAAUCCUAACAGAUUUUCACAAUUUAUUUUGUGUUUUGCUAGAGUUUGGUUGGGAAGGGAAAGGGCAUUAGUUUGAAAUUUCAUGUUACUCAUGCCAGGGUGGGUUAUUAUAGCAUGAAAGUUUUGUUUACCCAUAAAAGUAUUAGAGACAGUGUUUCUCUGGCACAAAGAAGCCUUUUCACAAGAAGCAUGGGCACCUGGAAAAACUUGAACCUCGAGGAAAGGAUUCCCAAUGUACAAUGCUCUCUCCUCUUGGUGUUGAGGUUCUGUGCAGGGUUGUAGGAGCCACCAUUAGAGACUUGUGUGGGCCAUACAAGCUUCAUUCUGAUUGCUAAUCUCUUAUUUUAAUUUGUGCCUUAUGCCUUUGUAGGAUCAGCUGAAAUCACCAUAUUUAUUCAACCUGUGAUUUUUUUUUUCACUUUAACUUAAAGAGAAUUUUUUAUGUUGCAGAAAUUUAAUCAUUUAAUGUUUUCAGUAUCAACUGGUGUUUUUGUUGGAAGAAUGAGUAAUCUGUUCAGGCAUGCUGUACUUUGAUAUUAUUACCUAUAUCACAUAUGUUUAAUAAAUACCAUAUAUUUUGUUUUACUAAUAA